GUUGUGAGGGAGAGGAGGAAAUUCAAUGGUAACCUGGUAGAUACAGUGAUAGAACAGUUGAUAAACAAAUACAAAGAAGAAAGGUUACAAGAAUAAUGCAUAAACAUGGCUUUGUUGGAACUGUACACCGAGUACAACAGGGUGUGGAUUCCAGAUGCAGAACAUGUGUGGAAAUCAGCAGAGAUUAUGAGAGAUUUUCAUUUUGGAGAUAAUGUUCUUGAAUUGCUUCUUGAAGACGGCACAGAGCACUACUACCCUGUUGACCCAUCAAAACCACAACUCCCCCCUCUUCGCAACCCAGACAUCUUGGUUGGGGAGAAUGACCUCACUGCUCUCAGCUACCUCCAUGAACCUGCUGUUCUGCACAACCUCAAAGUGCGAUUUGUGGAGUCCAGAAUCAUCUAUACCUACUGUGGUAUUAUACUGGUGGCUGUAAAUCCCUACAAACAGCUCCCGAUCUAUGGAGAUGCAAUCAUUCAUGCCUACUCAGGCCAGAACAUGGGAGACAUGGACCCUCAUAUAUUUGCAGUGGCAGAGGAGGCUUACAAACAGAUGGCCAGAAACCACAAGAACCAGUCUAUUAUCGUCAGUGGUGAAUCUGGAGCUGGUAAAACAGUGUCUGCUCGAUAUGCUAUGAGGUACUUUGCUGUUGUAAGCAAAUCUGGCAGCAAGACUCGAGUUGAAGACAAAGUCCUGGCAUCCAAUCCAAUAACAGAGGCAAUAGGAAAUGCAAAGACCACCAGGAAUGACAACAGCAGCCGAUUUGGGAAAUACACGGAAAUCAGCUUUGACAGGAGGUACCGGAUCAUCGGAGCAAACAUGAGGACCUACCUCUUAGAGAAAUCCAGGGUAGUUUUUCAGGCAGACAACGAGCGGAACUAUCACAUUUUCUACCAGUUGUGCUCCUGUGCUCACCUGCCAGAGUUCAAGAGCCUAAGACUGUUGAGUGCAGAAAACUUCCAGUAUACCCGCAUGGGUGGGGACAUCACUAUUGAAGGUGUAGAUGACAAGAAAGACAUGGAAGAGACUCGCCGGACCUUCUCGCUGCUGGGGUUGAAGGAGGAUUUUCAGGCGGAUGUGUUCAGAGUUUUGGCAGCCAUUCUGCAUUUGGGGAAUGUGGAGGUCAGAAACUCAGGAGAGGACAAAUCAUCAGUUAGUCCCAGUGAUCCGCACCUGGCGAUCCUCUGUGAGCUGCUGGGUGUGAGCGCAGAGGGGUUGGUGCGUUGGCUGUGCCAUCGGAGGAUCGUUCUGGUGGCUGAGACGGUGAUGAAGCCGAUGCCCAAAGAGCGGGCAGUAAAUGCCAGAGAUGCCCUAGCCAAGCAGAUCUAUGCCCAUCUCUUUGACUGUAUCAUUAACAGGAUAAAUACGGCACUAAAGGUCCCAGGAAAGCAACAUGCUUUCAUAGGUGUCCUGGACAUUUAUGGCUUUGAAACAUUUGACAUCAACAGCUUUGAACAGUUUUGUAUCAACUAUGCAAAUGAAAAGCUUCAGCAGCAGUUUAACUUGCAUGUGUUCAAGCUGGAGCAAGAGGAGUACAUGAAAGAGGACAUCCCAUGGACGCUCAUAGAUUUCUAUGACAACCAGCCAGUCAUUGACCUGAUUGAAGCAAAGAUGGGCAUCCUUGACUUGCUGGAUGAAGAAUGCUUGUUUCCUCAGGGCUCUGACAAAAGCUGGCUGCAAAAGCUGUACAACUACCUCGACUCCAGUCCUCUGUUUGAGAAGCCCAGGUUAUCAAAUGAGGCUUUUGUGAUACAACACUUUGCAGACAAGGUGGAGUAUCAGUGCAGAGGUUUUCUUGAAAAGAACAGAGACACUCUCUAUGAAGAACUAGUGGACAUUAUGAGAGUCAGUAAGCUUCCUUUUCUGGCCAACUUUUUCCAAGAGGAGGAGCAAAACACUGUGACCUGUAAAGGCGUCAAAGUGAGGCCGGCCAGGCCUGGGGUGAAACCAGCCAAUAAACAGCUGAGAACCUCUGUGGGAGAUAAGUUUCGCAGCUCCCUCUCCUUACUGAUGGAAACACUGAAUGCUACCACCCCACACUAUGUGCGCUGCAUUAAGCCGAACGAUGAAAAAUUCCCAUUUGAAUAUGACUCCAGGAGGGUGGUGCAGCAGCUGCGAGCCUGCGGAGUCCUUGAAACUAUUCGUAUCAGUGCACAGAGCUAUCCGUCCAGGUGGACAUACAUUGAGUUUUACAGCAGAUACAGUAUCCUAAUGUCACAUCAGGAGGCGGACCUCGCUGACAAGAAACAGACCUGCAAGAAUGUGCUGCAGAGGUUGAUUCAGGACCCCAACCAGUACAAGUUUGGUCGGACAAAGAUCUUCUUUCGAGCCGGUCAGGUAGCUUAUCUAGAGAAGCUGCGUCUGGACCGACUUCGAGGAGCCUGCGUAACCAUCCAGAAACACAUCCGCGGGUGGAGCCAGAGGAGGAAGUACCUGCGCGUUAGAGAGGCAGCCAUCAUCCUCCAACAGUACAUCCGCGGAAAGAGGACAAUCCGUAAAACAGUGAGCGCUGCGAUGCUGAAGCAGGGCUGGGCAGCACUGGUGAUCCAGAGACACUGGAGAGGUUACCGCAUGAGACAGGUCUACCAGGUUGUCCGUCUGGCGUCUGUCACCAUCCAGGCCUUCGCACGUGGUUGGGUAGCCCGCAAACGCUACAAGAAGAUGAUGGAAGAGCACAAAGCCGUAGUUCUCCAGAAGUAUGCCAGAGCAUGGCUGGCUCGACGGCGAUUUCAAACCAUUCGUCGGCUGGUGCUUAAUGUCCAGCUUUCGUUCAGAGUGCAGCAGCUCAGAAAGAAGAUAGAGGAGCAGAGCAAAGAGAACCGCGGGUUGGUAGAAAGACUGACCAGCUUGGCCAACAGCCACUCACAAACUGUGGACAGACUUCAGGGUCUAGAGGCACAGCUGGAAAAAUCAACCAGCCAGAAGGCAACUCUGGAAGCAAGAGAGAAGAAAGUGAAAGAAGAUGCUACUCUGACUAUUGCACAGAUUCAAAAGGAGAGAGAAGUACUAACCCUUGAAAAGCAGAACUUGGAGAAAAAGUUUGAAGCUUCCGCCAAAGAGGCCAAAGAGAGUUUUGAUCAAAUAAAAAGGAAUCUUCUGGAUGAAAAAGAAAAUGAAGCGAGGCUUAGAAAAAUUGCAGAGAACAGCACUGAGAUCCAGAGACAGGACCAUGAGAAGGAGGUGCAGGCUCUGAAAGAGGAGAUUAAGAGACUGAAAGAGGAGAGAGUCAGUCUGCACAGAAAGAUAGAGGAGGGGGGCCAGGUGAACUCUGACCUGCAGGAACAAGUCAUCCAACUCUCCAAGCACGUCAAGGCCAUUCCUGAGCUCCGCAAAGACCUGAACAGCCUGCAGAAUCAGAGGAAUAACAUGGACCGAAAGAUGAAGCAACAGUCGGAACAAGCAAGAGCUAAAAUGAACGAGAUUACAAGACAACUUCUGGGUGGUGUUGUUGAAGAGGAGGUUCUUUUAGGGCUAACUCCAGAUGACUCUGAGAAGAUUUAUGACGUUGAAGAUUUUGUGGCAGCCUUUGAAGGCCUGCACAAAGCUACCAGAAUACUGGAAAACCACCAGAGGGAGCAGAAGGAACGGUAUGAGACCCAACUGGAGGGCUUGCAAUUGAAAGUGGACCACCUUAAAAAUGAGAACAGCAAGCUCCAAAACCUGUUCCAGGAGAAAAGUAGUGUCAACGAGGAUAUUCGCCAAGAAGUGUCCAGGCUCAGCAGUGAGAAUUCAGUUAUACCAGAGCUGAAACUUCAGGUUUCAGAGUUGCAGAGACAAAAACAAGAGCUGGAGCUCCACGUAGAGGAGCAGAACCAAGAGCUCGCAGAAAAAACAGAGGAAAUCACCAACAUCCUUCAAAAGAAAAUUGAAGAGGAGAGCUCACAACGCAGGCACUUUGAGGAGAAAGCUGAAGAGCUGGAGGAGGUGAAGAGGGAGCUUCAAGGCCAAGUAGAGGAUCUGGAAGAGGAGAAUGAUCACUUGAAGAGACAGCAUCUGAUGCAGAACGAAGCCAAGAGCAAAAUGAGACAGGAGACGUCACGGUUAACUGCUGAGAACAUGGACUUUGAAGAGCAGCUCGACCAGAAAGACAGAUUAAUAAAGAAACUCCAGAAUCAUAUAAAGAGCCUUGAGACAUCACAGAAAGCCAAGCAAACGUCUGCGCCUGCUAUUCCUAAAGACUACCUCGGCAUGUUGGAGUACAAGAGAGAGGACGAACCCAGGCUCGUUCAAAACAUCAUUCUGGAACUGAAGCCCAAGGGUGUGGUGGUCAACAUGAUCCCGGGUCUGCCAGCGUACAUCCUCUUCAUGUGUAUCCGCCACGCUGACUACCUGAACGAUGAAGCCAAACUCAAGUCUCUUAUGAACGCAAUCAUUGGUGCUGUCAAGAAAGUCAUCAUGAGUCACCACAAAGACUUUGAGUUGCUGUCCUUCUGGCUCUCAAACAUGUAUCAGCUGCUCAACUGUCUGAAGCAGUACAGCGGGGAGGAGGAGUUCAUGAAACAAAAUACUCCCCGCCAGAAAAAGAAUUGCUUGCAGAAUUUUGAUUUGUCAGAACACAGACAGAUCCUCAGCGACCUGGCCAUCCACAUCUACCAUCAGUUUAUCACGGUCAUGGAAAAGGCCCUGACUCCUGCGAUCGUACCCGGUAUGUUGGAGCACGAGAGUUUGCAGGGGAUUUCUAGCAUGAAGCCGACGGGCUUCAGGAAGCGUUCCAACAGCAUCUAUGAUGAUUUAGAGACUUACACCAUCUCCUCCAUUAUUCAGCAGCUCAGUGUCUUUCACUCCACCAUGACCCAGCAUGGCAUGGAGCAGGGCCUCAUCAAACAGGCUGUCAAACAACUGUUCUUCCUGGUGGGUGCGUCCACCCUCAACAACAUCAUGCUCCGCAAAGAUAUGUGCUCCUGCAGGAAGGGAAUGCAAAUCAGGUGUAACAUCAGUUACCUGGAGGAGUGGCUGAAGGAGAAGGAACUACAAAGCUCUAAUGCUAUCGAUACUCUGAGGCCGUUGUCUCAGGCUGCUUGGCUGCUGCAAGUCAACAAAUCCACAGAUGAUGACGCCAAGGAGAUCACUGAAACAUGCACUGAACUCAGCCCCAUUCAGAUUGUCAAGAUUUUGAAUUCAUACACACCCAUUGAUGAUUUUGAGAAAAGGGUGACGUCAUCAUUUGUCCGCAAAGUUCAGUCAUCACUACAAGAUCGUGAAGGGUCCACGCAGCUGAUGCUGGACACAGAUUAUCGUUUCCAGGUCACGUUUCCUUUCUGCCCGUCCUCACUGGCUCUGGAGCUGCUGCAGGUCCCGAGCAGUCUUCAUCUGGGCUUUCUGACCAGGAUCUGACACAGCCAACCUUUGACCUUUCACUCCACUUGACUGAGUCAUAGUCCAGUAGCCUAUGGCUGCAUGUUAUUGUAUCUAUAAAUACAUAAACACCUUUAAUAAACUGUGUACACAGCAUAUUUAAAAUGUAUAGGGCUGUAGCCAGCAUAUAAGACGAAAAGACUGAGGUCAUGUCUCCCAACUGCACCCCCUCGACCUUGUCACAAAAAUUUGACCAAGUUUUUUUAACAGUUUAUUCUUUUAAUUAUUUUUGCCAACUUUAUUAGAGGUGCAAGGAAUAGUCAAUUAAUCGAUUAGGUGGUCAGAUAGAAAAUUUACUGACAAUUAUUCUGAUAACUGAUUGUUUGUUUCAGUCAUUUUCCAUUUUUUUUACAUGAUAGUAAAUUGAAUCUUCUUUUGGUCUUUGGAUUUUUGGGUAUUGGUCAGAUGAAAGAAGACAUCUGAAGACAUCAGUUUGGACUCAGUUUAAUCCAUAAUGAUAAUAAUUGCCCUACAUUUUAUUAACAAUAAUCAAGGUUUAAAUGCUCAAAGCCUCAUUUAUGCUGCUGGGAAUAAGGUUCUGGUUUGGGAAACAGUGAACAUUUAAUUUUUUAUUUUGUUGCCAGUAAGACACACUGUGAUAGGGCAGGUAAAUACCCACUAUAUGCAUCAUUUUUCAGUGUCGAAUGUAAAAUUUCCCCAGCUUCCUAAAGCCACUAAAUCCCCAGAAAGAAUACUGGGAACAAAACCUCACUGUCCCCAUUUGUAGCUCUGGCCCUGUUAAAAUGUGAAAGUGUAAUCAAUUGAACUGCAGUAUUUUUUAAUUAUCCACUCACUCACUUGUAACAGAUAUUGAAUGUGCGAACAUGUUUGCUUCAUGGUUGAAUCCACUGAAAUAAACUGUAAAAUGUCCAAAUGCCAGGUUCCAUAU